ACACACACACACACACAACCACAUGCACACUCCUGCGCAGAGGACGAACAGAGACAGAGACAGAGAGAGAGCGAGAGAGAGAUCAGUGGGUUCUUGAAGUUCUGGAGGAUGGAGUUGUUCUUCCUGCUGCUCUGUGCUGUCUCACUCUCUGAUGGGUUUAACAUUGACGUGUUGAACACGGAGAAAUUCUCAGGAAAUAAAGAGGAGUUUUUUGGAUACAGACUGCUGCAGUAUCAGUCUGACGAGACGAAACAAAUUAUCGUCAGUGCUCCAUUAAGCGCAAACAGAUCAGGAGCGAUUUUUAAUUGCACAAUGGAGAAGAAACACUGCAGCCGUUUUUAUCAUCCAGACUCGAAGGCGAUCAGGUUCUUUGGGAUGUCGAUGGCAGUGAGGACGUCUCCAUCAACUACACUCACUAGCUGCAGUCCGAGUUUCACUCAUGAGUGUGAUGGAAACUCAUAUCUGAACGGAAUCUGUUACCAGUUCAACAGCAGGCUGAACACUGUCACCAACAUCACCGCCGCUUUCCAAGAGUGCACGAAGAGUAAAGUGAACCUGGUGUUCCUUGUCGACGGCUCCAGCAGCAUGCAAAUGUCCGAGUUCGAUAUGAAUAAAAAAUUCAUAUGGGACAUUGUGACAACACUCAAAAACUCAUCUAUCGAGUUUGCUGCUGUUCAGUUUUCUAAAGAAGUCAGGACAGUUUUCACCUUUAAAGAUUAUGUUACCGGCACGGCGAAGAAGAAACUUGAUGCAGAAGAACACAUGAAAUCUCUCACAAACACAUACACAGCCAUCCGCUUCGCCCUUGAGAAUCUGUUUAAUAAUGCGGAGUCCGGUGCGGAUCCUGAGGCUACUAAAGCCCUGGUCAUCAUCACAGACGGAAGUCCUUCUGAUAUAGAACACAAUGAGAUACGGCACUGUGAGGAACUCAACAUCGCUCGCUUUAUUAUCGGGGUGGGGAAUAAAGUCCACUUAGAGAAUCUGAAGAAACUCGCCUCAGAGCCGACAGAGAGCAACGUCUUCAUGAUUCAAAACUACAAUGGACUAAAUGGACUUCUGGAUAAACUGCAAAAUAAGAUCUAUGGCAUCGAGGGAGCUCAGGGCAGGACCUUUAGAGAAGAGCUGUCUCAGAGUGGAUUCAGUGCUUCCAGUGACAAGGACACUCUUAUUCUGGGAGCGGUUGGAUCUAAUAAUUGGCAGGGAAAUCUGUAUGAAGUUUCAGGAUCCGAAGCUGAGAUGGAAAUCAAAGACAGUAACCUAAAUAAUGACUCGUACAAUGGUUACUCUGUUGUGGUUGGACGGAGAGGUAGAGAUUCUCUUGUGUUCUCUGGAGCACCAAGAUCUAAUCACAGGGGUCAGGUGAUUCUGUUUAUGAAGAUGUACCACACAUGGGAAGUCAUGAGCAAUGUCUCUGGAGAACAGAUCGGCUCGUAUUUCGGAGGAUCGGUGUGUGUGUUAGACCUGGACUCAGACAGCAACACUGACUUCCUCGUGGUUGGAGCUCCGCUGUAUUACAAACCUCAUCCUCCAAGAGAGGGACGGGUAUACAUCUACAGACUCACACAACAGCUGAAGUUGGAGAAGGAGUUGGAGGUGUUUGAAUCAACUCAGGGUCGGUUUGGGAUGACUCUAGCUGCUGUAGCAGAUCUGAAUGGAGACCAGCUGCAGGAUUUAGCUGUUGGAGCUCCACUGGAAGACAAUCAGAAAGGAGCCAUUUACAUUUACCUCGGCAACCGUGAACACGGUAUCCGCCCCCAGUACAGCCAGAGAAUUGUGGCAAGUUCCAUCUCUAAGGAGCUUCAACAUUUCGGUUUGGCGAUCGACGGUGUGAUGGACAUGGGACAGGAUGGUCUGAUGGACAUCGCUGUUGGAGCACAAGGGACCGUUGUACUCUUGAAAACUCGGCCGGUUGUGUCCGUCUCAGCGAAGCUCAGUUUCUCUCCUUCUGAAAUCAACCUGACCCACUUCGACUGCCUCGGCAACUCAGAAAAUUCAUUUCCCAUCAUUACUCUCAGCAUCUGCUUCAGUAUGGCAGAGAACACCAACAGCAAAGGGGCAGUGAAGAGUGGUCUGAACGUGACGUUGGAGCUCAAAGCUGACGUUGUGAGAAAGGACAGUCGGGCGUUUUUCAGUGCAGAUGAUAAGACGUCCAGGAGUCUGGUGACGUCUGUGCUGCUGGACUCUGAGUUUUCCUGUUACAGCCACACAGUCUUUAUGCACAGCUGUGUGAAGGACACCGUGUCUCCGGUGUUAUUCCGACUCCAGUUCAACCAGUCUGAUCAUCAGCCCAAGAGCUCCAACUCCAUACUGAACAUCGACUGCAAGACCACGGCUCAAGUAGAGGUUCCCUUUCAAAUUAACUGCAAAAACACGAGCUGUGUAUCAGACCUGCAGCUGGACUUUAACUUCCUGAACAAUACAUUGCUGGUGGUGGACCAGGCGUCUUUUAUCAUCCAUGUGACUCUACUGAAUAAAGGAGACGACUCGUUCAACACCAGCGUGGUUCUGCUCUACCCUCCUGGAUUAUCACUCUCAAUGUUCAAGACCAUUGAGGCGAACAGAAGGACUCUGAGCAGUUGUGGAGAUCGUGAUGACGGAGCGCUGAAUAAAACCACCUGCAGUAUCAGUUUACCGGUUUAUCGCAGAGGCACACGUGCCGUGUUUGAGGGCGUGUUCCGCAUCUCUCGCUUUUACAGCUGGAAUGACAGCAUGCAGAUGACACUUGUGGCCAGCAGUGAUAAUAAUGGAAAUACAAGUACCACCACAGUGACGAAGACUCUGCCUGUUCAGUUCAGUGUAGAUGUGGCCAUCAGCCCUGUUCCUGAGCUUUCUGUAACGUAUCUGAAUUUCUCUCUGAAUGAUAAAGGCCCAAAAACGAUAAGUUUUGUGUAUAAGGUGAGAAAUCUGGGGCUAAAAGCUCUGCCGGUAGCGGUAAGCUUCUGUAUGCCGUCUCAGACUGGUGUACACUUACAUGAUCUGCACAAUCCCACCAUCAACGUGUCACGGAAUCAUACAUCCUGUAACAUCACACAACCUGGGAGACAAGCUGACUGUCCAUUUAACCAGAGUGUGAACUUCAUGUGCCAGUCUUUCUCACUGGAUCCAGAAUCUACUGUCCGGUUUCAGCUGAACACGUCCAUCACCUUCCCUAAUAAACAACAAUACACAGGGAAAUGGUCUUUCAGUGGGAUUAAGACGGAGGAUGAUUUUUCUGUCUUUGCUCAAGUGAACUUUGAUAAAAAGCUUUAUCAUCAGAUAUCCAGUGACCGAGAGAACGAUACCAGCAGACUUCACCUUGCUAAGAUCAGUGUGAAAACAGAGCUGAUCAUUCCUCCUGAUAUGACCAUGAUCAUCGGAACAGGCGUGGGAGGUGGACUUCUCCUUCUCAUCGUUAUCUUCAUACUGCUGUGGAAGUGUGGUUUCUUUAAGCGUAAACAUCCCGAACCUCUUGAAGAAGGGAGUGAGAACAGGACUGAAAAAGCAGAUGAAGUGUGCGGUGCUGAAACAGCUGGAAAGACAGGAGAACCUCCAUCCACAUCUGAAGAGAAACCGCUCAUCCAAGCCGGAGGAAAUGAUGUGUCAAAAAAUGGAGGGAAAGAGAAUGGAAAUAUGGAGAUAGGAGAAAGUGUGGAGUGAAAAGUCUUCAUUGAUUUAGCUACUGCUUGUUAAUUAACAUGAGUCUACUUCGUUAGCUUAGCUUCAGUCCCUUCUGAAAGUAUUGGAACAGCAAGGCCAGUAAUUUUGUUCUUGCUAAACACUGAAGACAUUUGAGUUUGAGAUCAAAAGAUGAAUAUGAGAUGAUGGAUCAGAAUUUCAGUUUUCAUUUCCUGAUAUUUACAUAUAGAUGUGUUAAACAAUUUAGAACGUGGCACUUUUGGUGGAAGACUACCCAAGUGCUGUGAGCAAAAAUAUUGUAACAUGUGACUGGCAGGUGUUUCUUCUUACCCAGGUGUGCCCUGUUUGAUUGUUUAAACAAUUAAUAGCUCAGAUUAAUUAAUAUCUACUCUUAGUUCGAGCCCUAGGCUUGACCUGUGAAAACUGCAUUUGUUGUUAAAAAGGAUAAAACAACGUGACGACCAGAGAGAUGUCUAUGGGAGAAAAGCAAGCCAUUCUGAAGAUGAGAAAAGAGGGAAAAUUCCUCAGACCGAUUGCACAACCAUUUGUAAUGUCCUGAAAAAGAAAGAAACAUUUACAGUUAUAGCAGACACCCUUAUCCAGAGUUACAGAAGUGCUUUGAAGUUUUCAUCAAUAAAUAUAUCUUGAUGCUGGUUCACUAGGUCAGGGACUAAGAAUAAAAAAAACUCUGCUAGGGAAGUACUAUAAUAAAAUAAAACACACAAAUGACACAACAAUGUUCUUAAAUAAAGUAAUAAUUUAAGAACUCCACGACAUCUAGGAGAAGUUCGUUCCACCACCCAGGUGCCAGGAAAGAGAAGAGUCUUGUACCGUGAGAGGUGGUGGGACCUGUCGAGUUGUGCUAGAGUAUCAGAGAGUGUGGUGCAGUGCAGGGUGUGAUAAGUGUUAAGGUAAGUGGGUGCUGGUCCGUUUUUGGUUUUGUAAGCAAGUAUCAGUGUUUUAAAUCUGAUGCAGCAGCUACAUGAAGCCAGUGGAGGGAGCAGAGCAAUGUGGUGGUGUGGAGAACUUCGGAAGGUUGAAAACAAGUCGAGCAGCUGCAUUCUAGAUCAGUUGCAGAAGUCGAGUGGCAAUCAGAGGCAGACCCGCCAGGAGCGAGUAGCAGUAGUCCAGUCUCGAAAAGACAAGGACUGAACAAGCACCUGAGUGGCCUGUGUGGACAGAAAUAGACAAAUCUUUCUGACGUUGUAAUGGAGAAAUCGGCGUGAGUGUGUCAGAUUCGAGAGGAAAAGGACAGUUGAUUGUCCAUGGUUACUUCAAGGUUGCAUGCAGUGAAAGAAGGUGAGCUCUGAGUUGUCAGGGAGAAAACCACUGGUGUACUAACAACCAGAUAUGGAACAGGUCAGCCAAGGAAAACAACAACAGUUGAUGACAAACAUUACCAACAACCUCUACAGGGCAGGGUGAAGGUAUCACAACCACCAUGUGAAGAAGACUUUGACAGCAGAAAUAUAGAGUCCAUACCACAAGAUGUAAACCACUCAUCAGCAGCAAGAAUCAGAAAACCAGACUGGAGUCCGCAAAGUAAUACAGAGAUGAUCCACAAAAGUUCUGGAACCAAGAUGAACCUCUACCAAAGUGAUGGAAAGGCCAAAGUGUGGAGAAAGAAAGGAUCUGCUCAUGAUCCAGAACAUACGUGCUCAUCUGUGAAACAUGGUGGAGGUAGUGUCAUGGCUCGGGCUUGCAUGUCUGCUUCUGGAACAUUCUCACUGAUCUUUAUUGAUGAUGAACUCAUGAUGGAGCAGCAGAAUGAAUUCAGAAGUGUACAGGAACAUUCUGUUGCCAAUUUACAGAGAAAUACAUCCGAAUGAAUCAGGAGGAACUUCAUCAUGCAGCAAGACAAUGAUCCAAAACACACUUCCACCUCAACACAGGACUUCAUCAGGGGGAAAGUGGAAGGUUUUAGACUGGACACGUCAAUCACCAGACCUUCACCCAACUGAUCAUCUCACCUCCUGAAGAGGAGACUGAAGGGAGAAACCCCCCGAAACACACAACUACUGAAAGAAGCUGCAGGAGAAACCUGGAGAAGCUUCACAGAAGAAGAAACCAGCAGUUUGAUGUCGGUGAGUCGCAGGAUUGAUGCAGUUAUUACAAACAACAGAUAUGAACCAAAUAUUAAGUCUUAUUUACUUUCAUUUACACUGUUCCUAUACUUUGCAAAUGGGGUGGUCUGCCAUCAAAGGUGUCAUAUGUAACACAUCUAGAUGUAAAUAUCAGGAAAUGAAAGCUGAAAUUCUGAUUUAUUCAUAUUUUGAAGUCUUCAGUGUAUAGUGAAAACAAUAGAAUUGGACUUGCUGUUCCAGUACUUUUGGAGGGGACUGUAUAACACUGUAUCUGUAACUCUGAUUCAUUUAUCAUUACAGUAUAUUUGAGCUUAUCAGCAAAAUCAUCUUAUUUUUUAUUGACUGCAUCAAUUAAUGAAUUGACUGAGAUAUAUUUACCCAUCUAUUACUCGUAUAUAUUUACUCCCUCCUCAGACACAGUGAAUGUCCAGUGGUUAUAUUUACAAUCCCAGAACUAUCAGAGAUGAUGAAUGGUUACUGUAUCAGGAACUCCAGCACCUGAGAGGAGAUCAUAAUGUGUCUGUGUCAGCUUUUUAGUGCUGGGGUUAGGGUUAGUUAGUAGGCUGGCAAUAUUAAAACAAAUAUUUCUAAAAACUAAAGUCUUUUAAAUCUCUGAGUGGUCAUAUACAGAGUGGCCACUAGACGGCGCUGGUGAACUAUUUUCCUCAGACACAAACUGCUGUAAGAUAUUUAAGUGUUCCCUGUAAUGUUUUAAUGAACGUUUAUUCAGUGUGUAAUAGAUGUGGUGUUGAUGUUGAUCUGUUAUACAGUUAAUACACAAACACAGGGAGAAUGUC